UAAAAUUAUGAGUUCUUCGCGACAGUUCCGGGUUUGGUUUAUUUUUCGGCAAGUACAAGAAGUCAAAUGACAGGGAAGUGAGAGCUUUCGCCAAGUUUGUUUAAAUAAAGUGUCAAAGGUUUAUAACAGUAUUUAUAUAUUGUACGAUAGAGCCGAUAAGGAUAUGGUUGAAAAGAAAGAGGUGACAAUGAUGAGAGAAGAUAAUACUAAGGGUUCAGAACUGUCGGUUAAUAACCCUUAGCGAAUUGAGAAAGAAUGGAAAUAUUCUCAGUCUUAAAAAAGCCAGUGGGUGGCUGACACAUGUUAGUACUGUACCUACGUUAAACCCGAACGAAGUAGUGAGGCACGAACCGGAAACGCACUUCGCUGAGAGAUUAGGAGAUAAGACUUCAAAUGUGUUGCUCAUAGAAGAAAAGUGUAACGUGGUUAGAUGGGGCAAGCAAAGAAGAGGGUACGUGAAAUGUGGAAACCGAUUAUAGGACUCUUGAUAGUUGACUGAAGCUUGAUAAUACUGUUAAUUGGGGUCACUGGAUCUAAGGAGAAUCUGGAGAGGAUUCUAGGGUAACAUGAGAGGAUAGUCUGUGCAGAAAUUUCUGAGAGCGAAAAAACCCUCUGAAGUAAGAGAGGAUCGCCUGAAGAAUGUGGCUCCAACAAAGAUUAAAGGGAUUUCCAGGAAUCCUGUCCAGUAACUGGGCACGACGGAUAUUGGCAGUGUUUGCCUUAUUUUUAAUCUUUUUUUGGUAUAUCAGUUCAGAUGGCUUAUUUAAGUUUCUUUCCAGGUCUAGAGAACCCGGAGGUGUAGUUGGUACAUGCCUUCAGACUGAAACAAAACAGUGGAAUGCUCUUGUUGAUCGAGGGGAGGUGGCCGUAUCUCAGUCAGUGGGAGCACAUGGAAGACUGUCGGGCCCAGUAGUAGUUGGUAAUGGAUAUAUUUUACUUGACAUCGACUUAAACAGGCUUUGGAUAUCUUCUUUAGGAUCUUCCUCUGUUUACGAGACUGAUUAUGUACCAGUAGUGGUCCUAAAGCCAGCAGGUAUGCAUGCAGGGUCUCGGAGUCUAGGUGUUUGGUUCAGGGAUGGGGCAGUUCGAUCAGUACAUUGUAUCCAGAUUACAGCAUCUCAGUCUUCUCGAGACUGUGUGGUAAUCCGUGAGGAAUUCAUUGCUCAUCGUAGUCGACCCCAUCUGUUCAUACAGAAAUUCCACAUAAUAAAUCCAAGUGAUAAAACUGUUGCUUUUGAUGUUUCCUCUCCAUUAUCAUCAUUUGGAAAAAAAUUUUCUUCUAGCGUUGAAAAAGUGGAAGACAGAGAGUUUAUCCUUUCUUCUGGCAGGGUGCUGACCAAAGAAGGUAAAAUAGUACUUGUUGUUGUGGCAGCUAAGAAGAUGGUGAACCAUCUGCAGGUGACCUUAAAGUCAGAAUUUACUGAAACCAUGCUAUCCGUAGUCUAUACUUCUGAUCCCAUUGAUUCUUCAAAGCUAGAAGAAACUUUCAGUAAACUGCGGGAAGCUGCAAAAAAGGAGAUUGGAGAAUUGCUGAAGUUGGGAUUGGAAGACCUCUUCCAGGAGCACCAGCAAGUCUGGUCUGAUUUAUUUAUAUCAGGAAUUGAGAUGAGGAAGAUCACGGAUGCUCAUACUCCUUCUAGUGACACUGUGAAUACAACCUUGUACUACAUACUUUCGACAACUGCUGCACCUCUUUUGGACCCACAGCUUAGUAGUGAGGAGAGAGAAAAACUGGAAUCUAGUUUGAACUAUGCAGAUCACUGCUUUAGUGGUCAUGCCACUAUGCAUGCAGAGAAUCUGUGGCCCCCGAUUAUUUCAAGUGUUGACCAGCUUUUGCUACUGUCUGACCUCUGGAGGCUAACUUUGCAGAAAAGAGGGUGUAAAGGACUUUUAGCAGCUGGAGUUCAUGGUAUAAUGCAAGGGAUGGUGCUAAGUUUUGGAGGACUCCAGUUCACAGAAAAUCAUCUACAGUUCCAGGCAGAUCCGGAUGUGCUUCACAAUAGUUAUUUUCUUCGAGGGAUUCGCUACAACAAAGACUUAAUUAACUUGGCUGUCCUUCUAGACAAGGAAGAGAAACCCUUCUUACAUGUGUCUGUUAAGCCUCAAGACAAACCUGUCAAACUUUAUGCGUGUGAAGCAGGCUGCACGACUGAACCAGUAGAGCUGAUGUCGGAGGUUAGAGGGCACAUCUUUCGAGUGAUGGUGACGCAACCAAUUACACCUUUGCUGUACAUUUCAACAGAUCUUACUCAUCUGCUGGACCUAAGACAUACACUCCAUUUGAAAUCCAUUCUUGCGCAUGAGGAGCAUAUGGCAAAACAGUAUCCUCGUCUUCCUUUUCUGUUUUGGUUUAGUGUGGCAUCGCUCAUAACACUUUUUCACCUUUUUCUUUUCAAGUUAAUUUACAAUGAGUACUGUGGACCUGGUGCAAAACCUCUCUUCAGGAGUAAGCAGAGAUGUGACCAGGAGAUCUCAGAGUGCAGUGGUCAGGUACUGGACAUAGAGUCCAGUGUGAAAGCUGAAGACACUUCACUCAGAGGCCCACAACCACCUGUCGGUGAUGGCCAGCACACCAAGGCUAAAUGAUGAGGAGGAUCCAAGUGUCUGAGGUAGAGAACGCAAAGGUAACCUGUUAUUUCUACGCUGCCUUUGCCUUAAUCUGCAAGAAGAUGGACACGUUCCAGACUUACAGCAGUGAAUUCUGAUUUGAGGAUGUUAGAGUGAUGUUUAAAGUGGGAGUUCUUGCAGAAAUAAUAUCAGCCUCUGUAGAUGGAAUAUUUUGACUUGCUUUAGCUAGUGCAGAAGCUCCCUACCUCGCCUGGAAGCUAGACAAGUAGCAAUCACAGGUAGAAAAGACAAAUUUCAGAAUGCUUUAUGUAAACAAUGGGAGGAUGGCAUUGUUACAUACGCUAUGAGCUUUCUUAACCCUAAUCACUUAAAUGCUGUUUGACUUAAAAAUUUGCAAAAUGGCAUGGAACUUAAUAAACUGUUUACAUUUAUUGCUUUAGGAUUUGAAUGAAGUUUCAUAGUUAAUGAAUGUCAAGCAGUGUAAAGGAACAACAUUCUUAUUCAGAUAGACAUGGAUUUUAGUAGAAUAUUUGUGUGGGAACAUAAUUCCAGCAGUCAGUUGUGCUAUCAAACAGCAGACAAUGGGGAACAUAAUGUUUAGUUGCUGUACUGAAAGUAAUGUCCCACUAUGUUAAAGCUUUAUUUGCUUCAGUUUUUAAAGACUGUUUCAGUAGGCAGUGCAGUAAUACAGGACACAUCCUUAAUUAUUGCAAUAAGUCAGACUAUUUCAAAAAUUGUUUCUGGGUGUAUUUAAAAGUCUUUGCUUGCUCCCAUAAAUGCAUAUUAGCAUAUGAAACAUUUUCCCCCCUGGACCUAGUGAACAUUGUAGUGCUUUCCAUUAGAAAGCCUACUAAACCUGUUGAAAGCAUCCAUUUCAUACAUUGCAUCACUCUGAAAUUAUUGUUUGUGUUUUAUGGGAAUUUUGUUAUUACUGAGACAUGUUUGUUUGCUGUAAAUUACAGUACGAUUUGCAUUCAAUGAUAUACUAAUCUUUUGAGUUUGUUAGGAUGAUUUUGAAGGCUGGAUUUGUUGAAACUAUUCUCUAUUGCUGUUAUGGGUGGAGCUGCUUGUCAUGUCUUUCUUUACAUAAGACUACUAAAGUUGAGUCAAAAUGAAAGUUCUGAGUUUUAAAGCCUUUGUAUACAGAGUAAACUUUUUGAUUUCAACUA